GGGCGGGCGUUGCGCGUGCGCACUCGGUCUCGGCGGAAAAUGGCGCGAAGCGGCGGAGCGGAGUUUUCCGCCGUCGAGUUCGAGGAAACGAAACGGACUUUUCAAAGAAACAUCAACCAGGAGCUGGAGGAAGCUGUAAUACUAAUGAGUGAGCUGAACAAGAACCUCUCCUACUGGGCUGAGAAGACUGGGGAAAUUGAGAAAAUGGCCAAGGUGUGGAAUAUGUUUCAGAAUAGACUGGCAACCCUCAAGAGCACAGUGACAACUGUAACCGAGCAGUCAGAGUUUCCUCAGACUUGAGGUACUUGCGAUUGUACUGAAGAACUAUGAUUGCGACUUGAAGGAUUGAUACGGGAAACAUUUUUUGAAACAGUGAAAUAGAGAAAAUAAUAUGCCCUCAAUUUUCCUUCCCUUUCGUCAUCUUAGAGUAAAUUUUGGGUUUGUUAACAUGAUGAAUAUCGAUGCAGUUCGAUGGUAUGGUUGGUGUUUUGGGCAGCAGGUAGUCCCAGAUUAAACACUGAGUUAAAA